AUGUGGGAGAAGAUGGAAAUCGUCCAGGCCUUACAAGAGGCUAUAGUGCAAACACCAUCUUAUGAGAAAUUUCUUAAAGAUGCACUUGUUAAGAAGGAGAAAUUAGAAGUAGAACCAGUAAUCUUGAUAGUUGAAUGCAGUGUUGUACUGCAGCAGAACUUACCAGCCAAGAUGGCAGAUCUAGAAAGUUUCUCCAUACCCUGCCAACUGGGCAGCGUCGCUAUUCCUAGCGCACUAUGCGACUUGGGAGCGAGUGUGAGUCUACUACCGAAGACCACAUAUGACAAGCUGAAUGUGGGGGAACUGAAACCCACUAAGAUGAUCCUACAGCUGGCAGACAAGUCAGUGAAAGCCCCUCUAGGGACUUUAGAGGAUGUACCACUUAAGGUUGAAAACGUUUACGUUCCAAUCGAUUUUGUGGUUAUUGAUAUGGACAACAAAAAUGAUGAAUCAGUCAUCUUAGGACGACCAUUCCUCAACACUGUUGAUGUCGUAAUUCAUUUCCGGAAGGGAUGCAUAGAAAUGCAUAUAGGAGAUACGGACAUCGAAUUCAAGCUGGAACAAAAACCAGAACGGGGUAAAGAGGAACAUGAGUACCUAUUGCCUAUUCCAGAAGAACCGCUAGGUUCACCGGGAAAACAAACCCUGCGACUAAAGGAUAAAGGCAAGGGAAUUGCCUAUGACGGAGACAUCUGCAACCUGCCCGUAACUAAAUCUGUAAGCUCUGAGGUAUAG